AUGGCGUGCGGGAGUGAACCUUCCAUGGACGCGCAGGAUGGCAACCUCAUCUUCAACGUUGGCACUUCCAAGAGCGUGGUCAUUCGGCAAGGCGAAGCAACCAUUGACCUCUUGCGCGUCCUGUACAGCCUGCAAACAGCGCUCGCCAAUGCGCAAGCUGAGAUUGCGAUGCUAAAAGCUUCACAGGCCACGCUCGAUGCCACCUUGGAACACAACGUCACCCAACUCCUUACUCAAAAGGCCGAUCAAAGCGAGCUGGAGAUCACCGUGGCCAGUGCCGUGGACUCAAUGCGCAAUUAUGCCGACGAAGCUGUUCAAGGCAUGUCCAAUUGUGCGGCUGAGGAGGCUGCUGCUGCUCGUCUGGCCCUAGUCAACACCACGGCCUUUGUGGGCUUGGAACAACGUGUCGCAGUUUUAGAGACCACUUUUGUCUCGCAGACAAGCCUGGCCGAGGACCUCCAGGAAGUGGUCAUUGACGUGUCUGAAACCCUUGACCAUGAGCUGCAGUACGUCUACGGCAACAUGUCCCUCCUCGGCGCCGACCUGGCCAAUACAACCUUCAACGCCAACGCCGAUGAGAUUCUCCGCUGCUUCUCGCUUGGUCUGGUGUAUGAUGCUGAAUCGGAUGCCUGCAUUCCCACUUACUUGCAUACGGGCUGUCCAGCUGGCGGCCCUAGCGUGGCCAAUGCAAUGGGCUGUGCAUCAGGAUUUGCGGCCACCAAUACAGCCAAGUUUGUCUGCAACGCGCUCUCAGAGUGGAUACCCGUGUCGGGCGAUGCUCUCGUGUGCACGGACGUGGAUGAAUGCGCAGCGGGGGCCACUUGUCCCGAGCUGGCGACAUGUACAAAUCUCGUGGGCUCGUACGAGUGCCGAUGCCCAGGCGGCGACACAGUGGCUCGAGAUGCGCCUGCUUGCUACGGUUUGUACAUGCACUUCUUGGACACUCCGGAGAAGCUGCUGUUUGACUUUACCCAAGAUUGCGGCAAGCAAGAGUCCGACGUGUCGAGCUCUAUUCCUCAAGGGGCCGUGGCCAUUGUGGCUUCUCUAACCUCCUACAACUCGCUUCGCAACGAUCACUGCGUGUAUUCGCUCGGCCGCGACAACGACGUGCCUUGCUCCUUUUCCUCCGGGGGCGUCUACAGCACCAAUACCUACUACAACGAUGUCUUGCAGACGCAAAAUGGAGAAAAUGGUGGUCCACAAUACCAUGGAUUCUCCUCGGGCACAUCGAUUAUUCCGCUCAAUGGGCGCACUGUCAAAAGCAGCAUCCAUGGCAUGACACAUGGUGUCAACUAUCUCACCGUCUAUAUCUAUGGAUAUGUAAUGGGUGUGGACGGACGCUCUACCCUGCUGGAGGUCAAUCAAGUACACAAUCUCCGCCUGGCAAGCUCCUCGGCAGCGACCAUCGCCUCUCUUCAAACGCAGCAUGUGCCCGCCAGCGGAGUUGCGGGCGUUCUGACGACCGCCACCACGUUUGUCGACACACAUCGUGACCACUACUGGACCAACUUUGGACCAGAUAUCAACCUCACCUACCCCAACUGGGAUGCUCAACCCAGCGAGACGACUUCCUUCUGGGGCGAUGCCGUCAUCACGAACGAUGGCGACGCCUCAGUCGCCAGUGCUUAUUACGGCUACAGCCAAUUCCUGAUGACGGGCACUGCGGACGAUGGCACUGUCCGAGUAGAAACCAAUGUUGGCUUUAAUGACGCCGGUACCUCCUACUUGACGGUUGCGGUCUUUGGCUAUAUUCCCAAAGGUCCCUUCACCAAUAUCAUCUACCUUGAGGCGGCACAGCGCCGCACAAUCAGCUUUGACCCCACCACACGCACUGUCAUUAACAACAUUGCUCCUCCUGCAGCUACAGGCAUCCCGGUCACAGCCAAGGCCCUGAUUACAACCAUCUUCACUUACGACGCGCCAGGCAUCAGCGACCAUGUCAAUCACCUGUUUGGUCGCGACGCAUCAACCAACGUGAACAGCUGGGACAACAGCAUUCAUGACAACAACGUUUAUUUUAAUGAUGUGCAGAUCACACACGAUGGAAGUGCGGGAUCCAAGAAUUACUACGGCUUCUGGCACGGCACGCAAAUCAUCCCACUCAAGGCCAACGGCAAUUUUGACGCCAUUCUGUGCGACGGCGCCGCCAAUGAUGGCACGCCCCACCGCGUGGCCAUCAACAUUGUCGGCUACGUCGCCGCUUAG